AUGAAGAAACAUCAGUCGCUGGAACCUCUUCAAGUCGAUUGGGUGUAACGUGAACACGUUACAAUUGCCAUUCCAACUUCGUUCCAAUUUCGCUUAUUCAACAGUACCGUGAAAUUGCAUUAGUGAUAGACCGAGAACGUCACAACAAAAUCUGCGAUAGGAACCUGAUCAAUAAUUGCAAGAACGAUCUAUCUAUAUCGAAGUUUCAGCGUAGAUUAAGUUCACUUUACAGACCGGUUGAACGAAAACCGAAGCGAAUCCAGUGAGUAUCCAGGUGAAACCACGAUACUCUGAACGGGAAGCGAAGAGAAAGCGACUCAGAGGGUGAGGUAUAAGUUGCAUAUAAAUAUUACUAAAUUGGAGUGGAAGAGAAGACGAAAAGGGAAGACCGGUGUGUAAGGAGACAGUGAGGCGGCACCAUUACUAUGUAAACUACCAGCAAAUACUUGUGGCAGCGCGUGCGCACAGCCGAGCGACCUGUAUCAUAAUCGUUCAUAAAGUUACUCCAAAACCUGAUAGACCGAUCGAAAACAAUCGAGGGUUCAGGUAGAACAAGGGUGAAAAAGGGACUUUCAAUAAGAAGAGAAAAACCCAGAGAACUGGGCCUUUCUUCGAACAAAAGUAAAGAAGCCCGCAAACUGGCUCCAGAGGUGAGGAUCAAGCAAAUUGGAAUGAGGGAGGAUCUGUUGUCCAUAAUACGGCACACAAGCAGCGACCACUUUUCGGAAGAACUUUAGCCCAAAGUCAACGGCAGAGGGGACAAGAGGAGUACUAGCAAUAGGCCACUGUUUUCGAGUAUUCCGUACAAAUAGAGGGCUCUUGUUCGCUGGAUAUUUCAAGGAAUAUUGUUACCAGGCUCCCUUUCAUCCUUCCUGUCAUUGAUUCAUUGUUUCGGUCGACUCUGCUUUCUGUGGAAGAAGACAACGACGGCCUUGCACCCGUUCAAGAGCUUUUCCCGUUGGACCGUUUUACCCCUGGGUCGUCUCUCGGUUUCACCUGCUGACGAUAACGAUUCUGGGUCAUCGUGAGAAAGCUCGAACCGAAGAAAGCGACUAGCCGAUCAUAACACUGGCAGCUUACGCGACCAGCACGAGUAGACUGAAGACCUCACUGAGGGCAGCCAGUAUGGCUCCAAGCGCUGAAGAAAGCCGCCAAGAACCUGGUAAGGACAAAAUUGGAGUAAGGGCAACAGGGAUAACGAAGUCGCCGCGCAAGUUCGCGGGGGUCGUAAUCGCGAUGUGCGGUUUACCAGGCCGUGGAAAAAGCCAAGUAGCUCAAUGCCUUUCGCGCAGACUCAACUGGAAUGGAAAUUCCACUAAAGUGAUGAGGGUCAGCGAUUAUCGCCGGAAAAGAUUGGAACCAUAUGGAGAGGCAGUGUCGCACGAGCUGUUUCGUCCAGACCAUACAGCAAAUGCGGCGCUAAGAGCCCUGGCCGAACGGGAUGCAAUGCACGAUUGUGCGGCAUGGCUUGCGGCCGGAAAUUCUAUAGCUAUCCUAGACGCCACGCUGGUUACACGAGCACAACGCGCCGAGGUCUACGACUAUUUCUCCAGGCAGCUCGGUUAUCGCGUGCUUUUCAUCGAAUGCGUCUGCGACGAUCCGGUCGUACUGGAGAACAAUUACAAGGAGAUAUUGCAGUUCAGCGCCGACUACGCUGGGAUGGACCCGAAACGCGCCGAAGAAGACCUGCAACUUAAGGUGGCUCACUAUGUCCGGUCGUACGAACCGAUGGAUGAGAAGAUCUAUCCUCGUAUUCGUAUCGACACAGCCACCAUGGACAUCGAAACAUGCAAAGUGUCCGGCCACGUGGAGACAAGCGUACUGGGAUAUCUUGGAAGCAUUGGCAUUAAGCCGCAUACACUUUAUUUCUCACGGCACGGUGAAAGCGAGUACAACGUGUUGGGUAAGGUCGGCGGUGAUGCAGUGUUAAGCCCGCGCGGCGAACGAUACGCGCAAGCGUUGGCUACCAAAUUCAAUGCUAUGCGUAUCCCUGACCUACGCGUCCUAACAAGUCGCCUUCGAAGGACUAUCGCUACUGCCCGCGGCGUGGAAGCGCCUCAGGAACACGUUGCGGCGCUCAACGAGCUACACGCCGGAGUCUGUGAGGGUCUUUCUUACGAGGAGAUGCAGGAACAUUUUCCGCAGGAAUUUGCUUGGCGCGAUCAGGAUAAGUUGCGUUAUCGUUAUCCGUGGGGAGAAAGCUAUAUGGACGCAAUGCAACGAGUAGAACCAGUCAUCGCCGAGCUGCAGAGGUCCAAUAACAUUUUGGUAGUGUCCCAUCAAGCUGUUCUCCGUUGUAUCAUCGGUUUCUUCCUGGACAAGAAACCGGAAGAAUUGCCUUAUAUGGAUGUCCCGUUGCAUACCUUCAUCCGUAUUAGCAGCCAGGGGUACAAUUAUAAAUUGGAGUUCUUCAAGUUGCCUAUUGAAUGCGUCAACACCAAUCGAGGGAAACCGACGAAUUGCAGCACCGAUAGAACUGCUGACGACGCUUUGAUUACUGUCCCACCGCAUUUCGAUAUGCCGGAUCCUUGGAGAAAUCCUGGGAGCGGACCCACUCUGGUCCAACAGCACUGAGGAACCGCUCGACGAUCCACGAUCAUGUCCAAAAUUCGAUCCCUGUUCGGCUGCAGUUCGUGUAAAUUUCGCAAAUAGAUAUCAUGCCGGGCUUUUAAUUGGAUCCAACCCAGGAGAAGACAAAUGAGAUUAAAAUUGAUGUAUCCUCGUUGAUAAUGACAAAUUUGUAGAAAUAUUUCUAGCAUGCGUUACGUAGAUCGUUUUAAGCUACUUUUAAGAAUUAGAGCCACUGUGUGAAAUUAAACGACGGAAUUUAAUACG